GAAGAAGAAGAGGGCGCAAAGCAAGAAAAAAAAAAUAGCCGAAGAAGACGUUGGACUCCCAAGAUGCAUUGCAGUGCCAACGUAUGCAAACAGGAACAUGGCCACCGGUGUUUAACAUCAGCAGCCAGCGUUCAUUUGUCCCUCUGUCGGUGUGUUUAGUUUCACUGUGUGACAGGACAUCGCCCGCCGUGCCCCGCAGCUGAACACAGGCCUCGUCAGGGUUUAGCAGCUGGACCAGCACACACACACAGCUCCUCACACACUCAUCACACACAGUGUGGGUCAACAUGGCGAGCCCAAGGACCAGACGAGUUCUGAAGGAAGUGAGAACCCAAGAUGAGAAUAAUCUUUGCUUUGAGUGCGGGGCCUUCAACCCUCAGUGGGUCAGUGUGACUUAUGGAAUCUGGAUUUGUCUCGAGUGCUCGGGCAAACACAGGGGCUUGGGCGUCCAUCUGAGCUUUGUGCGCUCUGUCACAAUGGACAAGUGGAAGGAUAUCGAACUCGAGAAGAUGAAAGCAGGAGGGAACGGAAAAUUUCGCCUGUUUCUUGAAAUCCAGGAUGAUUAUGAUCCCAGCUGGAGCUUACAGGAAAAAUACAACAGCAGAGCUGCUGCGCUGUUUAGGGACAAGGUUGCAACAUUAGCGGAGGGUAAGGAGUGGUCCAUUGAGACAUCCUCUGCCAAAAACUGGACAUCUCCUCAACCAAAGACUAGCCUAUCAUCCUCUCAUCGCUCAGGGGGACCGGGACAGAACUCGUCAAAAUCUGGAGACAAGGCUUUUGAAGACUGGUUGAGUGAUGAUGUUAACUCAUAUCAAAGUGGAGGGGGCUACAGUGGGAAUCAAGAGAACCGGUACGUUGGUUUUGGCAACACAGUGACCCCAGAGAAGAAAGAAGACGACUUCCUGAACAAUGCCAUGUCUUCGAUUUAUUCAGGUUGGAGCAGUUUCACAGUUGGAGCGAGCAAGUUUGCCUCUGUUGCUAAAGAUAAUACGGCUAAACUGGCAAACCAAGCAACCUUAAAGGCCACAGAGUUAGGACAGACAAUUAAUGAAAAUGUUAUCAAACCCACCCAAGAAAAGGUGAAGGAUGGAAAGUUGCUAGAUGAAAUGGCAGUCAGCUUCACUGGGCUGGCAAACAAGGUUCAGGGAGCUGGUGCAAAAUUGACCGGCCUCUUCUCAGGAAAGCCAGAAGACGGGUCUGCUGGAGAGAGCUACCAGAACAUGGAUGCCACCGAGGGCUACCAGGGCAGUUCUGUCCAGCCUCCCGCAAAGGACUUCUGGGAAACCUUUGGCAGCAACAGCUCCUUAAAGCCCAAGAAAUCCCCCAGCAGUGAUAGCUGGACCAACGCAGAUAAUUCUGCAAAGAAGAGCUCCGACAGUUGGGACAAUUGGGGCUCGGAAGCAGCUUCCAACAACAAACACAGCACAGGAGACAGCUGGGAGGCCUGGGACAACAACUGGGACAACGCUGAUGACACCAAGGGAAAGAAGAGCCCGACGAAACCUGCCGAGGAAACCUGGGAUAAUGCAGACUGGUAGUGACGUCACACUCAUGCACAUUGUCACCUUUCCCCUACCUUCUUACCUUCUCGCUCUGUUCAUCUCACAGGCACUUUCACGGAAAGAGCUGCUCCUGCUCCGUUCCCGUCAGUCCAUUCAUGAUGUAUUUAGUACAGCCAGAGAAAGAAUGAAUGAAACCCAAAAUUAAACAGAGCGUAUUCUGGAAGUUAUUCCUAAACAGCGUCAUCUUAUAAUGUAAUGUAAAUUAUCUUCAUCACAAUGAUUUAAACUCUGAAUCAGUGUAGAUAUGGUCAUAAUGUCCUUACUGUCUUGGCUUCUGAAGUAAAAAUAGUCGAUGGUGAAAAAGCCGAUGUCCAUACAGGUUUAUUGAUCGUGGCGUUUGGUCCAUCAUACAAGAAUUUAUGCAUGAGAAAGAAAAUUUGACGUUGUAAAUGUUGCCGAAGAACAGCUAAUUGUACCCUACUUGUACCCUUUUAUGUUUGUUAGUGAACUUUUUAGUUUUCUUUCAGGCACAGCCCAUUUUUAAAAGAUGAGGUAUACAUCUUACCAACAGUUGCUCACAAAAAAUUCUCAUGCUGUGCCCAGAACUUUUGCACGUUUUGUUUUGUAAAAGAUUCCAGAUUUUUUUUUUUUUUUUAUGUUAGAAAAAGUACUUUGCAAGGACAUAUUGGACAGCGGUAUUGUAAUACCAUCUGAAAGGUUUGGUGCAAAGUGUUGCAAAAUGACAGGAGCAAAAUAAACUUUGUAACACAUUGGCUAGAAUAACUACAUAUUUGUGGAUUUGUAAAUUAAAAAUGAAAUAAAAGUUGAAUUAGUAUACGAGUUAGAUAAGGGCUAAAUGGCCCUUCCAGCAAAACAUAUUUUUUUCCUUUUCGUGUGGCCUUGAUUCAUUUCUAACUGUCCUGACAAGUAAAAAAGUGUCCUGGCAUAAUGUGCAGAAAUACAGAUCAUCAUUGAAGGGCACUUUUCAUGUUUACCAUGGAAGUGACUCUCACUGCAAAGUGCUCUCACAGUAUUUUUACCUAGUGGUCGGAAAGUAGUGAUUUGUUUAAAUAUCUUCUUUACAAUGCGAAGAUUAAGUCUCAGUAAUGUAAAAUCUGAAAUAUUUAAUACCUUUUGGUUGUUAAAGCAGUUCAGAUGUAACAAUUUUUAAAUACUCAUACAAACUUAAUUUUGCUAUUGAUUAAAAUGUACCAUAUUAUAAAUACUUGAUCAUCCUUCUUAGAAUAUUUUCCAGGAACAGCAAAAAGAACAAAUAAAUGCAUGUUGAAUAUUUUUAGCACAAAAAUGUGCAAAUAGUCGAGGGGGUCUGAUAAUUACAACAUUAUGGUGAUGUCAGGGCCACAAAACAAAAAGAUGCACAUUGCACAAUAGUUGAAUAUUUGUUAUGUUCAAGCAAAACGAGUUAAUUGCCCUGCUGAAGAAAGACGUACAGCAUGACUAGUGAUUGGUUUUAGGCAAACAUGCAUGUAUGACUUUAAUGUUGUGCUCGCCAACUGAAAUCUCAUUGGAUUUGCUUUGAUACCGAUUACAAAUAACUUGCAUUUAUGUCAGUACAGAUGCAUUUUAUUAAUUAACAUUAUUAAACACAUAACCUGUAGAAACUAACUCUGACAUGCCAGUAUGGUUUGGGUAGUUUUUUGUUUCUAUCUUGAUUUAAAAGUGUUUUCAAAAGCUUUUUUUUUUCUUUCUAAUCAUUCCAAUUCAAUUUCAUAUCACGGUAUUUUGCAGUUUAACAUUUUUUUUUUCGUUUUCAGCCUCACCACAUCACAAGACAGUACAAAUCCCUUUGGUAACAAAAAUGUCAAGCUAUUCUUAAAAGCCAAGCAUCUAUUACCUGAUGAGAUAAAGUCCUUUUCAGCUUUCAUUAACUUCUUCUCUCAUGCAAGAUUUAUUUUGAUAGGCCAUCAUGUUAAUGUCUUUCAUUAGAAUAAUUACAAUGUCGAUAAAAUGUCACCAUACUUUUCAUUACUUCCAUUACUUACUUAUAUAUCAUGGGGGUGGCAGAGGGGAUAAUGAGUCCCUAUAUUGUGAAACCCACUCGCUAGAUGCUGGAAAUGAGUGGUUUCAUUCAUAAUGCAUUUUUUUUUUUUUGUGUGUGUGCUUAAGAUACACCUUGGAUAUUUUAAUGAAGAUUAUAUAAAUGGUGUCUGAAGAUGAAAUAAAUGGUUUAGUCUUUAUCAAAUAAUCUUGUCAUCGGGAAGAGAAUGAUAUAUUGAGGUGGAGUGAAUAAAUUCCUCCUCUGUACAGUGAUAAUUUCAUUAGAUAAUCAGCUUUUAUCGCAGAUGUGUGUGUGUGUGUGCACGUGUGUGUGUGUGUGUGUUUGUGUGUGCGUAUGUGCGUGCAUGCGUUCUCCGUUGACCGUAAAUUAUGGAUUGUGUUUGAAUUGCUGCACACAACUGGUGACUGUAGACUGGAUUGUUCAUUGCAUGUUAUUUACUGCCAAACCUGUGGGAUCGCCACAGUAACUUUCGUGACCUCAGCCGAGCUACUAGACCUUUGUAAACUGUAACUUCAGUCGUCUCAUAUGAAGUCGCACUCUCUCUCUGUGCACUGCUCUCAGUAUCUGUGUCAGGUGUCACUGCACAUCGGUCGCAUUGAAUUUAAUGGAAAACACUAGAGUGCUACAUCUGAAAAUGUGUGUAUGAGCAUCUGAAUUGGGGAGUAAUGAUGGAGGCUCAUUAUAGAGUGAACAUCGUUAUAAAUUGAUUUUUAUCAAGAUAUUGCAUCCCAUCAUUCAUUUGACAGUACAUUUUCAGUGUUUUUUUUUUCCUUUUUUUUUUUUUUUUUUUUUUUUUUUUUAAAUCUGGUUUUGAAAGAGCAUUUCUGGUAGGAAAACUAAAUGUUCCCUUCCAUCAGAAAUGAUCCCAAGGCAACUCCACUUUCCAUUGUUCCACCAUACAGGCGAAUGUAGCAUAAAAAAUAAAUCACCAGUUUAGCAAUUAGACAUGCAAUCAACAUGAAUGAGCAUCUCGAAAGUCUAAUAAUCUGGAAAUUUUGAUUGAGCUGUGCAGGUUAAGAGCUUGGCCAAUAGUGCAACAAUGUCUAAAUCUCAUAUGUGACCUUUUAUUUCCUGUUACAUAAAGCUUUGUCACUUCUGUAUACAAUAAAAUAACUGUAAGAGCCAGUUUAUUUGUAUAAAAUUCAUAAUAUUAUAAGGGGAAAAAACAGACUAAUGAUUGAGUUGAAUUGCACAUCUUAAAUGGACUGCACUUGGCUUGCAUCUGAUUCUGUGAGGCUCUUUAUCCCCUCUUAGAGUAUGACAUUGUUAUAAUACCUGUUGCUACUGGUUUCCAGAUGUCCCAAUCUGGGCCUUAAAACAUAACAAAAAAAAAAUGAAAAAUGACACUCCAGUUGUCUGAUUUUAUAAGGCGAAAGAUAAAUGAUCCUGGGAACUUGCUUCAUUCCAUGUCCAUUCCCUACCUCUGUCCAGAAGUGUUCAGUUUACUGGAUCUUACCGACUACAGAGUACUGAAAGUGUGUUUUAUUGUAUUUUGUUUCAGGACCAUGCUGGUGAUUUUGCAUGGUUUAACAAAAUGUACAUACUUCAUGUUUCUGCUAAUCUUUUCCCCAAAGCAAACAGCUGCAUUUUAGAAAUCUAGCUAUUGGUUUCCAUUCAUCCAUUCAUUCCACAACAAUAUCAAAAUUAACUUUUUUUUUUUUUUUUUUUUUUGCUAAAAGCAGCAGCACUGUUGUGUUUUGAGACUUGAAAUUGGGCAGAGUGAAACUAUCUCUUUGCCAGAAAAUAGUCCUGGGGAAACGUUUUCUAUACACGGUGAAUUAUCAGUUCUGUGCUUUAUGAAUAGUGACGACUUUGUUAGCUGCAGAAGCAGAACAUUAUAAGGUGGGUGUUUCAACCAAAAAUUAAUAUUUGAAUAAUGCAGGAUUUUGUUUAUAUGCUAUUUAUUACUGCCACAUGAAAUGCUACAAAAGGUUUGCUGCAGUGCAAAUUGUAGGUAAGUUGUAGUAAACGGGCCACACAUUCAAAAUCACUGGCAUGGUCCUUUAAAUCCCCCUCAGCAUUGUUUUGUUGUAGGCCUUAAACUGCAGGCUUGAUUCGGCGUGUCUUGAUUGAAAGAAGAGAUGUGCUCACACAAAACGAGAAACAAAGAUGGGCGUAAAACGUUGGCAUGUUUUUUACACUAACCGAUUAUGUGAUGGCGUAAAUUAAACUAACUGAGCGGCACUUGUGCAGCGAUUGUGUAGUUCCACCUCUGCAGUCGUGCUAUCCUGUACAUUGUGUUACACGCCUUAAACAGCUGUCUUUGUCUUUUUGUUGAUACUGAUGUCAGCUAGCCUCCAAGGUUAUUUGUGUGUAUGAUACAGUGAGGUGUACAUGUGUGUUAUCACCAUCUACGAUGAAAUGUCAAGGGAUGUGUAGUUGCUCUCAGCUUUCUCUGUAUUUAUCAUGAUGUACAAUUAUAAUUUUGUUUUUCCUUUUUUAAACUUCCUUAUUUUAUUUUAUGCUGGCAAGAAAUACAAAUAAAUUAAGAGAAGACUUGGUGCUGUGACAUUACACAGUUUAAAAAAAAGUGAAGAUUUGAUUAGUCAUUUUGAGUGUUGAAUGAAAUGCAUCCAAUAUUUCUUGACAUGAGCAGUGGAUUUUAAUGGGAAGUGAUGGUGUUUAUUUUAGCACCUGUUCUGAAUCUUACUUCACCUUAAUUUUCCUGAACAUCUGUUUAAAGCAACAUCUUGUGCCUGCCAAACUUUGAAGAUUGGUUGUGGCAGUGUUUGUGGGUAUAGCUGUCAUGUGAGAAAUACUAUUUUUGAUGUUGUGCAUGAGGUGUAACUUGGAGUGAAAUCCAUUCAGCAGUUUUUCAUUUUCAAAAGUUGCUUCCUCAGUGAAUCCAAGUGUGUUGAGCCCAUUUUCCCCUCAAGUUCCACCAGCAACCAUCCCAUGAGGUGAGCCAGUGUUACCAACUCAGUUCAGGCUGUGGAUAUUUUUCUGUACACCUGUUGUCUGUGUUAAAUAAAAAUAUAUUGUGCCGUGAA